AUGGUCGGUGAUUUCAUUGAGGUAUGUCCGCAAUUUGAGCGCAUCGAAUGCCCAUCGUCUAAUUUUGUGAUCUCUAGUCGUUCUGGCGAGCCGCGAUGGGACACCGUUACGGAUUCAUCGGAUCGCCCGAGCUGGGCGAGCUCAGUAGAAUGGGCCAAGGCCGAUAUUCUGAAGCCGGAGAGCUAUAAGUCAUAUUUGAAUGGCGCUUCGGCUGUUGUACACUCAAUGGGCAUCCUACUGGAAGCUGAUUACAAGGGCGUGGUACAAGGACGAGAGCCGAUUGUCAGCGGACUUCAACGAGCAUUCAGCUCAUCCAAGAUGGGGAGCCAGAACCCACUCUCUCGGAAAGAAGGGGAAGCUCUAGAGCCAAAAGAGAAGGACGGCCAAUUAACCUACGAAUUAAUGAAUCGGGACUCCGCUAUUGCACUCGCCCAAGAAUCCUCCAGCGAACAUGUCCCCGCAUUUGUGUACAUUUCCGCCGCGGCGGGUGCACCUGUCCUUCCUGCAAGGUAUAUCACCACCAAACGCGAAGCCGAAGCCACAAUUGCAUCCACCCUUCCUGAACUGCGCAGUAUCUUCAUUCGACCGGGUUUCAUGUACGAUAACAGCCGGAAAUUCACACUACCCAUCGCACUCGGUGGCUUCGUCGCCUCAGAAUUCAACACAUUCCUGGGAAAUAAACUCGGGUUCCUGGGUGCUAUGGCAGAGAAACCGUUGAAGGUUGAUGUGGUGGGCGAAGCGGUCGUGGAAGCUUUAGAGGAUGAGUCGACUAAGGGGGCAGUGGGAACUAAGCAGAUUGAGGCGCUAGCAACAAAGGCGUGGAGAAAAACGAUGCUCUGA